UUCAACACAUGAUUUGAUCUCCAGCAAUCAUGCCAAUCCCAACCCGCUCGCUUUCGCUUCGUGAGCCCCGCAAGCAGGUUAGUAGCCUCCUACCAAUUCGCGAUGAUGGCCGCGCGACAAGAUCUCCUCGACUACAACAGCAGCCAGAUAGUCGGAUCUCCCAGAGGGCAAGCAAACCCUCGGAAAAAGGACAACAUCCGCUACAGAACCAGUCCACCCAGGAGGCUGCCGGCAUAACCCGUCGCCAAAGCCUCAUCAGACCCAGCCCUCUGAAGCCAUCGGUCCCUCUGAAGCCUACGAUCACCUCAACAGCGUCUCGAAGAACUCCUAUUGCGCCGAGUCCGUCAUCUCCGGUCAAACAAGAGAUACCCAAACAGAAUGGACGACCUUUAUCUCCGAAGAAAACAGAUAUGCCUCCCCCACCACGUCUUGCCCGAUCGGCCUCUGUAAAGCAACUUGCCGCUUCGAGCUCGAGCACCCCGUCCAUAACUAGAGGUCACACGCGCCACCGCAGCCAGGGAAUUACGCUUGCUCCGGGUCAAGCUUCGAGAAAGAUUAAGCCUCCCUCGCCAUCACCCACCACCGCACGGUCAAGGGCUCAGUUCACGACCUAUCAACAAAAUUUCUCGCCAAAGAAGGCCGCUCAAGCAGCAACAGCAACAACAUUGGCAGAUUCUCCUGCAGAGGAUGCGGAUUCCACGUUAAUAUCGUCAUUUUGGCCGGAAGUUGCGGCACUGCAAACAGAACUCUUACAGCUGAGCCUCGUUCACUUGUCGUCCUUCCGCCAGCACGCUGAAUGGAAAUCUAAUGCUGAGGCACAACUACGGAGCGAAUAUGACUCGGUAGCAAACGACUAUCGAGCGGCCCUGAGCGAAGAGAAGGGGUACCAAAGACGACUCAAUGGGCAAGCAUUGCAUUACUGGCUUGAAAACUCCCGUGAGCGCGAUGGACAGCAAGGCUUUGCAGAGCAGAUCCGGGUGUUUUCUCAGGUGACGGAGGAAGUCUACAACAUAUCCGACAGUUUGGGAGGACGGUAUGCAGCGAUCGUCCAGGAAUUCGAGGCCUGGUUUCAAAAAGUCGAGGAUAUACGGACCUAUCGCCUCCAUCAAGGCGGAGGCUUGGACCAGGUGGUCUUCAUUGAUCCCUUGAACCAGUCCUGGAGGGACGAGACGUCUACCUUGGUCAUGAAGCUGGAGCUGUGCUUAAGACAGCUGCAAAGCCUGGACAUCCUUGGAUACGGAGAAGCAGGGCCCCUUAGCGGUUCUGCGCUAUUCCGUACCGCGACGAGUCUGGAAGAUAUGGCCAACAUGAUGAUCGAGGAACUGAACACGAUCCGUAAGAUUGAAAGUGAUGUUGUAAAGUCCGAGAGAGUGUGGGUUAGUCAACUGGCUCGGCAGUUGACUGCAGUUUCGGCACAUGACCAGAGGCUCCUAAGAGUUGGAAUGUGGAACCAGCCGUCGUUGCAUUCAUGA